CCAAAAGCCACUUUGAUCAUCAUCAAAUAGGCUGAAUAAAACAAAAAGAAAAGGCAUCCAUUCUGCCCGGAAAUAAGACAUUAGUAUAAAAUGUGAGUACUGUUGUUCACUAAACAUUCGGCCCGAAGAUGAAAAAACGUGGUCAAAGAAAAAACCCUUAAAAGGAGUUGCGCCGGCAUGACGGUGAUGGCACUCGCGCUUGUUUUUUUAAUUUCGCAUCAGGCACGAGAAUGUUCGAAGUGACUUCAUUUGCAAUUCAAUUGUUUCAAAAUGACCAGAUAUACUUACAAUCACCCAUCUCUUUCUUGUUCUCUUGAUCAGAUCAAACAUAAGGAGUAGAGUAAUCAUGCUGAUGCAAUAGAAGUCUCACAGCAUAUAAACGCAAGAAUAGCGAAGCGUCUCAUCAAGCAAGGACCAAAUCAAGAUGGGUAACCCAGAUAGUGAAGUCAUGCUUGUUCCCAGUCCUUCAAAUGGCACAGCAUGCGUUGCGGAGAUUGUUCAAUCACACAAAACGAGUAAAUCGGACAAUGAAGCUCGGACACACAAAGUCACAUUCGAUUCGGACAGCAUUCAGCCUUCUUCCACCUCGUACGGACGGAAAGAUGAAACAUCAAGUAUAGAUAAAAGUGCGCUUGGACUCAGCAUCGAUAGUCCUGCCGAGGCGGUCACAGAUGAACAUGGAUCCGAUUGGCCUCAAUUAAGGCCAACAUCUGACAUUAGCAGAACGCCUUCACAAUCCACAACGGGAACUGUGCAAUCUCAAAACAGUCUUGAAACGGCCGCAAGUUCAUUACAAUCAGCCGUUUCAACUGCAGCAACAACAAAUAAUGCGGCAAUUGUGAAAGAAAUAAAUCAACACGGCUCAGCAUCAAUUGAAAAAGAACUGCCUCCGAUCCCAUCCUCACCUCGACAAUACGUCACAGCAUGCUCAACGCCAGCAGAAAUGAGCGAAGAAAAGCGAGAAGCAGAAGCACUGAGGAGAUAUCAUGGACUAUUGGAAUUAGUUGAAACCGAACGAGGAUAUACGGAAGAUUUGAGCAAUCUAGUGACAAUCUUCUUUCCUAAUUUGGUAUAUCAACCAUUUUUUGACGAAGAUGAAAGCAGGCUAGCAGCAGUUUCACGUAAUGGAAGUAAAUUGUACGAGCUGCAUUCUUCACUGUUGCGAAAAUGGGAUACAAUUUUGGAACAAGAGCAACUUCGUCCACAGGAUCCUGAAACAUCUUUGGAAAAAGCUUUAAGAUGUGGUGACGCCAUACAGAAAAUCAUUGAUCAUCUUCAGGAUAGCAUCGUACAAUUUCAAAACUACAUGAUCUUCUGUUCACGCCAUUCGGAGGCAAUGGUAAUGAUAAGAGAGGCGGAAAGGAGGCAUGGAGGAGACGAUUUUGCCGCUUAUGAACGCUUGUGUGGAAAUCUGAUCAGAACACAAUCUCGCACUUCCUCUACGCCAAACUCAAGAAGGCAAUCGAUUUCAAGACAGCCUUCAGGAUUUUUCGCUCCAUUGACUUCGUCUGGUAUUCUUUCUAGUCUCACACCGACGGAUACUACAUCUUCUCUUAUGCCCUCUUCGCCCUCUUCCGGUACCACAACACCUUCUAGCCCAGGUCCGGCCUUGUCUCGAUCGUUCAACAGUCACAGACUUCUACUUGCAGAUUACUUGAUCAAGCCAGUUCAGAGGAUGUGUCUAUAUCCUCUGGUGUUGAAUUCUCUGCUAAAGAACACUCCACCGCAAGAGAUGCACACGAGAUCUUCAAUUCAGUCGGCUAUCGAAUCUAUGCGAAGGGUAGCAGAUGAAGUGGAUGAAGCAAGUAGGAUACGUGAAAAAGAUUUGAUGGCUCAAUUGAUCUUGACAAGAAUCGAGCCGAAUGUCUUGCUACCUCAAUCCUUUGUACAAUCUUUGGGAGCCCCUCAGUUAUCCGGCACAAUGGACAUCUUGCAUCAUCACAGCAUUGAUGAACCUUUGACAGUACCUUUGCGAUUUCAGAGACUCGGGGUGGUGAUGUGGUCCAAUUUUGUUCUCAUAGCUCGCACAAGAAAGAACGGUCAGCUCGAUUGUCGGUAUUGGUUCCCAUUGGAUGAGGUGAGCAUCGUUCCUAAUUUGGAUAUUGCGGUAUAUGAAGAAUCUUGCAAGAAAGCAAACACUCCACCGAUUGAAUCUCAUCACCUUUUCACUACCAUGGAAAUUGGCGGUAAAUCAGUUGUACCGCAUGGCUUCCGACUCUCUCUUGGGGCACAUCAUUUUGAAUUCUCGGCGUCAAAUGAACGUGAAAGACGAACAUGGCACGAUGCCCUUCGCCUUGCAACUGCUGAGAACGAGAAGAUCCAAAGGAAACCAUCUGAGGUAAAAGCACCAAACAGUCUAAGCUCUAUACCGGGUGCCACAAAUGGUGCUUCGCUUGUUUCCAAUUUCUUGUCUGCCAAUGUCAAGGCGACGCAGGCCAAUAGCAGUGGCUUGGAAACUCUUGUCAAGUUCCCGUCUACCUCUACAAGAGCUACUGUGGAUCGUAAUAUGGUAUUCUCAGAUGUAUUGAUCGCUCCUGCUGGUUUAUUGGGCGUACCUGCUUCUGCUAUGCAAAAUGUUGCAGGUAGUAAUAGCAGCAGCAGCGGCAAUAGCGCAAUUGGACCUUCUACCGUAAGAGAGAUAAGUGAAGCACUUAUGUCUCAUCAAUUACGUCAAAAUUCUGCGCCUUCGCUCGGAUCGGCAGUCGGAGCAGCGAUGGGCUUAGCAAAGUUGGCAGCAACACAAAUGCCAACAGUGAAAAGACCAAGAAGAAUGAACAGUUUAACGCCCAUCGAUUCAUCCGUUUCACGUCCACCUUUGACUUCCACUAUCAGCGAAGUGAGCACAUUAAGUAGCAGCGAAUCAAAUCCUACGCCCAAAAGGAAUUCCUUAAACACAUUACGAGCGAAUACGUUACCUAGCAUAGAUACAGGAAGUACCGCUACCGGUCCUACCACACCAGUGCAACGAAUCUCCUCGCCGGUGGAAUCUAUAAGUUCUCGUGUCAAAGGAACAUUAAGACGUGCCAAUUCACGAUUGGGCAGUAUGAGGUCGACAACAGGCAGUCUUCCCGCUUCUCCCAUGACUUCCACAAUCGAUCUUGGAAGAACUGCAAGCGAAGAACAAUCGGCAGUAGAACAAGUCGAGGGCGGCGAUGGUACGGCUAAACCUGUUCAUGCACGUAAGAAAUCAAUCAAUUUACGUGAAGUAUGGAAGAGACGAUCGAGAUCUCAAUCUGCUCAAAGUUCUUUUACCAUGGGACCUUCGUACGAAUCAUUCUCUAUCGUUAAUCGAGUGCCAACAUCAUUGGAUAUGUCGACAAUAUCUCCACCUUUAAAGCGAAAUUCUAUCUGCGAAGAUACUCCGAAAAGGUUUUACGAGAGUCCGCCUUUGUCUCCCAGUGCUAUUUACUCAGAAGCCAAUGUUGUCUCAAGUGCGGUUGCAUACCAAGGAUCGGCUGGCCUCAAAAUAUCUCCUGAUCCUUCUUUGCAUACAGCCAGUGCACCAGUAAGUCAAGCAAGCAGCAGAAGACAAAGUGUUGCUUCUCUUUUCGGUCAAACACAAGUACGAUCUUCUUCACCUUCUUUGAAUAUGACGCAAAUGCGAGAAGAUGCAGCAAAUACGCUCAAACGUGCAAAAUCCUCUGCAAGAAAUCGAUUUAGCAUGUAUGGCGUUUCAAAUCUUCUUACCAGCGCUUCAAGUUCUUCGGCUGCUCAACCUUUGGCUAGUGCUACUAAUGCACGAGGAUAUUUUGAUACAAUGACUUCGCCGAAUGGCAAGGAAAAGACUAGAGAUCAUUCUCAAGAACGCUAUAGCGAUGGUGAUCUGUCUCCAGAAACAGUGAAAGGCGAUCAGACUCCUGUCAACCUUGGAGCAGACUCUGCGAUCAAUCAAUUACGCGAUUCUUUAGGCAGGAACGGAUCAACGCAUAGAUCCAAAAACUCUUCUUCUCCAAAUCAAACUUUUCUAACACCGGAAAAUGAAACAAAUGCAUCAAAAGAUUCGGUCUCUCGUACCUCAUCUUCACCAACAAAAUCCCUUGCUGAAAAACGAGUAUCUACUUUGCAAGCAGUAGAAGAAAUUGCAAGCUCUGCCGAACAGUCAAGAGAUGAAAUGUACAGCUCAUUCUCGGAAAAUUCCCCUUAAUUCUCGUUUAAAGCUUGCUUCUGCCUUUUCUCUGAUAUUUCUGCUCCGGAAGUCUUGCCUGUUUCUCUAUUUGUAUUUCUAUACCCAAACCUCUACGAACAAUAUCUUUCCCCUGCCCUUUUUUUAAUUGAAACAAAAACUUCAUUAUAUUUCAAUAUGUACUAUGCAAUCAAUAUUU